AUGGACGAAGUCAUUACUCCUAGCAGUGUUCCUAACGUUGUGGACGAAGUCAACAGUACUCUUGAGAGCACUCCCAACAACACAGACGAAGUCAUUACUCCCGAUAGCGCUCCGAACGUUGUGGACGAAGUCAACAGUACUCUUGAAAGCGCUUCCAGUGUCACAGACGAAGUCAUUGCCCCCGAUAGUGCUCUGAACUUUAUGGACGAGGUCAACAAUACUCUUGACAAAGCUCUUAAAACUCAUCGUUCAAUCCGAAUAAUUGGUGAUCUACCAACCAAAAAGCUGAAUAGUCAAGACUAUCUAGCCUCGACUCGUGAAUUGAUCGCAAACUUCGUCGAUUUUUGGGAAAAGAAAGCAGAUUUACGGCUGUUAGCGGUCGAAGUUUACUCAAGACACACUUAUUUUGCGAUUGACUUCAACAAUGACGACUACGACUUUGAGAACGCUCAUACUCAGCAGAUUAUUCUCCCUGUCUAUCUGCUCCAGCUCUCUAGGAAACGCCAUCACUGGACGGUCCGUCGGCAAAAUUCCCAAGACUCAAAUGUUGCCAAGAGAAUAGCAUUGUUGCAUGAUGACCAUGGGCAGAAUCCUACUCCUUUUCUUAACGAUCAUAUCAAAGGCGUGGUGCAUUAUGACCCUCCUCGGACUCCCUUUCAAUUCCUAAAGAACUCGCCCCAAGAGCAAACGCCCGUUUUGUGA